GGGGUUGACUAUUGGGGGCGCUCUCUGGUUCACCGGUCGCCAUUUUUGUUUCACAGCGACGACGGUUGAGUUUACACGUGUUUGGAGACUUUAACACUGGCUUUAUUAUAAUUUUGUGGCAGCCAAUAUUGUGGGCUAAUCACAAUGCAGCACGAUGACGUUAUAUGGAGUGUCAUCAAUGGCAUCAAGGGAAGUUUUUGUUCAUACAAAGUUAGAACUAAAACACAAGAUUUUUGUCGGAAUGAAUUUAACAUAACUGGUUUAUGUAACAGAGCAGCCUGUCCACUCGCCAACAGUCAAUAUGCCACCAUUAGAGAAGAAAAAGGAGUGUGCUACCUUUAUAUGAAGACCAUAGAAAGGGCUGCUUUCCCUGCACGGUUAUGGGAAAAAGUUAAAUUAUCUAAAAAUUAUGAAAAAGCUUUAGAACAAAUAGAUGAACAGCUUAUAUAUUGGCCACGAUUUAUGAAACAUAAAUGUAAACAGAGAUUUACAAAAAUUACGCAGUAUCUGAUAAGAAUGAGGAAAUUAGUUUUAUCCAGACAGAGGAAACUUGUACCACUGAGUCGGAAGAUAGAGAGACGAGAUAAGAGGAGAGAGGAAAAAGCUUUGAUUGCAGCUCAGUUAGACAAUGCUAUUGAGAAAGAAUUAUUAGAGAGAUUGAAACAAGGCACAUAUGGGGACAUUUACAAUUUCCCCGCACAUGCGUUUGAUCGAGCCAUGGAACAAGAGGAGCUGGAAAGUGGGUCUGAAGAUGAGGAAGAAUUGGAAAAAGAUAAAGAAGACGAAAAAGAAGAAGAAGAAGAGGAGGAAGAAGCUGAAAUUGAAUAUGUUGCUGAUGAAGAUUUUGAAGAAAGUGAUUUAAGUGAUCUUGAGUCAGUAAUGGGUGGCAUGGGUGACAUGGGUGGCAUGGGUGACAUGGGUGGCAUGGGUGACAUGGGUUGCAUGGGUGGCAUGGAUGACAUGGGUGGCAUGGGUGACAUGGGUUGCAUGAGUGGCAUGGAUGGCCAGCACCUAUAA